UGUUUUCUCUUCUUCCCCAUUUGGGAAUGGGGCUUCUUGGCAGGCUUGAUGAUUUGGAAGAUGUGCUAAUGUAGGAUGAUUGUUUACUAGUGCCUGAAGUUCCAGUUCUUCAUAUCCUUGUUGUUCUCCGACUUGUGAUUCCUUCGUGUUCUUAAUACUGUGCUUAGAAGGCGUCAUUCAGAUCAUCACUAGUCAUAUCAGUACAGUAGGCCCUAAUGCAUUGUCUGCAUUAAUUGUUGCUCCUGAGUUCUUUACCAAGCUCCAAGCUAUUCAUGUGUUGUAAUAACCUUGUUUCUGUUAUAGAAGCUUAUUUAUAAUUCCUGUGACGAAGGCUUAGUGGCCGAUCGCCCGAUCAUCAUGUACUGCACACAGUAUACGAAUUACUACGUCACUUUUGAGUGGGAAUGGUCCCCUUUAGUUGGGGUUAAUUCCUUUGUUGUUUCACAUAUUUACAAUUUCGUCACCCUUUGUAUUUAGAGUAAUUUACAUACUUAUAAGAUUAUUAUAAUAGUAGGAACGCAAAUACUGACACGCUGAAAGUUUUACAAUCCUAUGUUUAUUACUGUUGCCAUCAAAGCAAUACCAUCCAAGUUUCAAAAUCGGAAAGAUGCAAAUAGGAACAAAUUAUAAAAAAAAACCUUGACCUGCGGGGGGUAAGACAGCCCCCGGGCAUUGCAUUUAAGAAGAAGACCUUCUCAUGCAGGUCAAGAAAACCCCCGAACCCCUGCCUCAUCCUUAGACAGCGGCACUGUAGCCCAUGUGAGACGACCACGACCGGGGCCGGGCCUUAGACCUGUGCUUUGGCCAUGGGACAGACGAGAGGAUUUUUUAACCUCAACCUGAAAUUCGCUCCCACGAGGAGUCGAACCCAGGACCUGAGGAGUGCCGCUGGGUUCCUCUAACUAACUCAGCUAGAGGCCCUUUGGCAAUAGUCUGUGAUAUAGGGCUCUGAAUAGUAAAUACCAGCCAUUCUGAUUUGGUUUGAUCUAUUUGUUGUGGGAAAUUACUUCCUCACUUUCUUGGUGUUUAUCACAAACACACUAGUAUUUCUUCUCUGGUGGCACAUCCAUACCACUUUGCCUUCAUGGUUUGGUCACAUAUAUAUAGCUCGUACAGGGCUGCACACCUACCCAUGAUAUCCUCCUAAUUAGUGCAGUCAAUGACCACAUGAUCUGCAUAUUAUUCUCUUUUAAAUACGAGCUAGAAUUUAGCUAGCGCUAAUAGCAAUGAACCUACGCACUUGCUGAACGUGGACACAACUCUCUAAUAACAAGAUUAAUGCUAAGAUUUGUCAUUGUCAAGAAAUCUUAAUUUAUCAGGUUUUGUAGUAUAUACAAAACAAUGAGUUUAUGUGCUAGAGGUUGACCAUCAUUUUUCAAAAGAAAAGAAAAGUUAAUUUAAAGGGGUCCUUUUCAUUAAAUGCUGAACUACAUCGAUCUCAUAAUGCAGAGUUGCCUAUUUAUUGCAUAUUUGUCAACUGUACAGACUGAAAAUCAUGUGCAAAUUUCCAUGUUUUAUUUAUUAAGGAUAACACACGAGUAGACAUCAUUUAAAGAUAACUUUAUAGUGCCUGAAAAUAAUAACAGCUGUCCAUCAGCUCUGAUCUAAUGAUUUCAAAAUGAAAGGUACAUAUUAUGAGGAACCUAAAUUGUUGGCCAGGAUCUAAUUUUAAAAUUAUGUGGAAGGACAUAUUGGUAUUUUCAUGUGAGGCACAUUCAGGCAGGCUGACCAAUCCAAAGAUGCCAACGGGCCCGUUGUUCUUAAUGCCGCCAUCUAUCACCAUGUGCUGCUCGCGAACUCCCGGAAGCAAGGGCUUGUCGUGUUGAGGAACUACGAUAGCACGACCAUGUACAUGGCAGCGCUGCACACCUCUACAUUGAUGGAGUACUUGUGGUGGUACACAUGAAGGAUCUUAAGCAGCUCGAUGGCUGCCUGACGGGACAGGUUGCAGGCCACGAUCAUGCCUGAGCGCCUGAGGAAGUAGGCCACGACCUUGACACCGGAGCCAAUGGGACAUGCCACGGCAGACAAGUACAGCCGUGUCACGCUCGGUUGCAUGGUGACGGGACAGGCUGCGGGCCACGAUCAUGCCUGAGCGCCUUGGGAAGUAGGCCACAACCUCGACACCAGAGGCGAUGGGGCACGCCAUGGGUGAUGAGUACAGCUGUGUCACCCUCGGCUGCAUGGUGGUGGCCAUGACGUUGCUGGAUUUCGCGAAGGGGUCUUGUGUGGCUUUGGGUGAUGGCGCGUCGACCGUCGGUGAUGGAUGGCUAUGGGAUCCUCCAUUUCACUGAACUGGAAGGCAGUGGUGACACCCUGCGCAGUUGUACGCGUGAGCCCCUUAGCAGGUGCAGUGGAAGAGGUAUUUCUUUGAUCCAGUGCAGCGAUGAAUAAAUGGUGACAAAGUAGGGGAAUAAUUACUAUACUACCCUUAUUUGCAAUAAAUUCUCCCUUCCUAAGAUCAACGGCUCAGAAUAAUUACAAUGGGCAAUACAUCUCAAGCACCAUAACAAGAUCAAUCAGAUGCUUUUUGGUUCUGUGAUACUUGGUUGAUUUUCUUCAUGCUUUAGCUAAAUUAAUAUAAGCAAUUAGAUGUUUUAUAAUUCCUUCAUACUUGAUUGAUUUUCUUGAUGCUGUAGCUAUGUACCUUGUAAGUACCUUUUGGUAUGAACCAUUAAAGCAGUUUUAUUUUUGCUUCUGUGCUUUUCUGCAACAUAUAUGUCUUCUUGCUCAAGAGCACCUAGCCACCACCCAUAACUUAUUGUGGUUGUACUGGUCAUUUAUGCUUCAAUCAAAUCUGUGGAAAAGUUAAUUGCUCGAUGAGGCGAAGAAAUGGGAAUGUCUCCAUUGGUUUAUAUCUUUAGGCUGCCACACUGUUAGGCCAUACAGGCUUUUGUGUUUUUCCCUGUUCCGCCAUACAAUUUUGUCUGGCUUCAUUUUUUUUUCAAACGUGCAAGAGAACUGCGCAUCAAUAUAUUAAGAAGAAUAAAUGGGGGUAAAGAGCCCCCAAGAACAAAACUGUUAGAGGAUUGAAGGGUCUGCAAAACACCCUAAAAAAGCACUGUAAACUGAGGCAGGACUAGACCAGAAGACCCAAGACCCAAACAGAACUAGGAUGUAGGAACCAGGGCAUGGAGAUAAGACACUCCUUUAGGCCCUGCUACUGACCACUGGUGUGCUUCUUCCCUAAAAGCCGAGAUGACCCGGAUUAAGUUAGGGAUCCCUCCAUCAAAAACACAGUAAUUACGAUGUUUCCAAAUUAACCACAUACCCAGGAUAAUGAUGGAGUUGAAACCCUUUUUUACUUGACCAGAAAACCUGCCGCCUGCUUUAUCCCACCAGUCCACAAAAACCGGAUCAUCCAUCUGUGGAGCAACAGCUUGCAGCCCAAAGAGAUGCAGAAUGCUAUACCAUGUUUGCCGGGUCAAAACACACGAGACCAGCAGGUAGUCUAUUGUUUCACCAACCUGACCACAGAGAGGACACUUUGGUGGUCUAUUGUCUGGCUUAAGUAUAUUAUUAGUCUGGAAUGACCAAUGAAACUAACUGAGCGUACGCCUUAAAUGUUUUCACUUUUUUUUUCUCGAAUUAAUUUCAUUUGGUUUAAUUUUGUGCGCUUAAAGGAACAAUUGUUGUAGUAUUCGCGACUGUCUCGUCCUCUUUGAUAACUUACUCUUUACUGUUAUGUGGGGCAAACACUAUGUUCGGCGUGCAAUGGUGGCAGGCUAAGCCACGUGUAUCCUAGGUUAGUUACCAGGUUAUUUGGUCAAUCAGAUUUGGUUGUUAGCUUGAUUAGCUCGGAUAGCUUCAGAGAAGGUUUGUUAGCAGAUUUGGUUAGUAGGUCGGUUUGUUAGGCUUGCACAUGAGGCAGCAAUGCUGGGUAUAUAUCCAGCCGUGUAAUCUCUAAACAGCAGGCAAUGAAAGUAUCUUCUUCCUCUCUUUGAUCUACUCAAGCGUAGAGCAGGAGGGACUUGAUCCCUCUCCUCUAUCAUCAUCUACCCGCCUAGGCCCUAGCCAUCACACCUAUCUAUUUGAAAGCGUAAUAGAUUGGUGAUGCUACAGUUAUUGUAAUUUGUAAAUACCAAUAGAAAAAAAUCAUGGAGGAUGUUCCUUAUGACUUCUUGCCUUCUAUUUUUUUCUGGUUUUUCUUCCAUUUUCAUUUAGUGUGUAUUUUGCUCUUUAAAGCUGAGUAAUGAAAGAUGGUAUUUUUUCUUCUUUUAAUGUACAAUAGCCAAAUUGUUCAUGAUAAUAUAGUUUUAUUUGUCCUAUUGUGUACUGUACCAUUUUUCUGCUGAAAAUGCGAAGCUAUUGUUAUUUUCAUUCUCAUUUAGUAUGUAUUGUUGAUUAUAUGAAAACACUAUUUCGAUCUGAUGAGUUCCCAAGCUUUGUAUAAUGGGCUGGAGCUUACAAUACAGACACCAAUAUUGAGGUACAACCAGAAACAACUGCAGUGUAUUAGUACCUCAAAUCGCUAACAAAAUGAUAAUAAUCUUAUCUCAUUCACAUGGUUUCCAUCUCGUAGGCUUGCUAUCAAACCGGUAGCCAAGAACAAAAAGGUUAGCUAGUGGUGCUAUGUAACAAAGUUUUCAUAUGUACAAUAUACUAAAGCUGAAUUUGUGGCCUGCAAUAAGGUGGUCCUCAUUCUCCAUAUAUAUUCAUCUAGAGCAACCACAUGCUCCUCGGCAAGGGAGAAAGACUACAUUUAUGGGGCAUGACCAUAUGUCUCGCAUAAAGAUGCAUAUGGCAGAAGGUUCACUUGUUGACAGGAACCGUUGCCAGCAACCUGGGUGCAACGAGGUUGUCCAUGGAAGGGUACUGUAUUGCAAAAUUCACAGCGGGGGGCUGUCGUGCCAACAAUACAAUCACCUUCAGAGUGCACAGGGAAGUUCUGGUUUAUUGGUGUCUCCUGUUAACGACAGCCAAUUUAAUAGACCUGUUUCCAGUGCAGUGACAUGCACUGAGCAAGAAAUGCACGUCAAGCAUGUAGGGGAUGAUCGCGGUAAACUGAAGGAUAGUUUUGGGAACACUCAGGGUCAGACUACACAGUUGGUCUUUCGUGGGGCAGGCAGGCUUUGUAAGCAUGAAAGCUGCAGCAAGCAGGCGCAGGAGAACUCAAUCUACUGCAAGUUACAUAGUGGUGUUAGCAAGGGCUGCAUGGUACGGGGCUGUGCAAGAGGCGCACAUGGAGGCACACCUUUAUGCAUUGGCCAUGGAGGAGGGAAGCGGUGCAUUAUCCCUGGAUGUCCAAAUGCAGCAUGUGGCCAAGGCCGUAGUGACCGCUGCAUAAGGCAUGGUGGUGGCAAGAGAUGCAAAUUUGAAGGGUGUGCAAAGGGUGCACAAGGGAACACAGAUUACUGUAUCAGGCAUGGUGGGGGAAGGCGGUGCAAAUUCGAAGGAUGUACAAAGAGUGCACAAGGACGGACAGAUUUCUGCAUUAAGCAUGGUGGGGGCAGUCGGUGCAAGUUCCAAGGAUGUGGCACGAGUGCGAAAUGGGGGACAUAUUUCUGUUCAGUACACAGGAAGAGUCUAUUGAGUAGUGAUAAUGCUAUUCCUGAGGCUUUGCCGGCCUCUUCAGAAAAGCGACGCCGAGCCAAGAAACCCAAAAAGGCAGUCAAGCCGUAUGAACCCUCGCAAGAGAGUGUCACCACAGCAGGUAUUGCUGGUAGCAGCACACAGCAGAUGGGUGUUCUUCUCGUAGCUACCCCGGUUACCAACCAUGACAUAUUAACUAAGGGUGUAACAGUGACGGCACGAGCUGCAAUAGCUCCCCCACAGAUAGUAGCGCCGCUAUCCCUGAAAUCACCAACAGCAUCUGGAUCUGUUGCUUCAGUGGAGAGGGAGGCAGGAGCAAGCAGGGCAAUGUUGGGUCUGUAGAAAUAUGGUGGCAGUGCAUAAUUUGGGAAGCUUGCACAAAUAUUGUCAAACUCGUCCUUUGAUUAUUGCUUUCGCCUGAGAAACGUCGAAACUUUAGGAGCUGUUCAUAUUAACAGGUUCUCUACGACAACUGACUCUAGUGAUGUCCUGUGGCUUUACAAUUUGUCCUAUGAAACUCUAGAUGUUCUUGUGUAUGUUCUCUUGUGCCUUGUAGCAUGGAAACCGGUAAGCGGACCAUACGGAACUGUGGACAAUAAGUAAGAAUACUGCAUCAUUGUCUAGUUUGUGUUCGGUGUACUGUACUGUCCGGGUGUAGAGGUUGAUUUCUGCUUAUGUGAUACUAGUAAUGGUGAAAAUGGUACAGAAUACUUUCCGACCCAUCGUCUUCCGGAAUACUAGUAAAUGGAUAAUCCAUAUCCGAAUCUUGCUA